AAUAUAUGACUAUAUAAUUAAAUUAACACUAUUUUUUCGUCCAUAUAUGUUAUGUGUGGCGAAAUAGAAACAAAUGAAGGCUAACAUAGUGUGUGUGUGUCUGAUCAAUGGAUUGUUGGUUAGUGCUUUCCCCGCGAACGAUGGAGUGUAUAAUGGCAUACAUGUAACAGUACCAGUGGCGGGCGUGGCAGAGUUCAGCGGCACUGCCCCGGCUACUGGAUCAGUGGCUUUAGCUACUCACACUCCAUGUCCUGAAGUUAUGCUGCCGUUUACUCCUAGUACUCCAGACAAUGGGCCUUUACCGAAAAAUAUUAUCAUAGGAGCUAAUUUAGCAGAUGCUAUUCUCUCCGAAGCUGGAGACGCUAAAAUGCCAGAAAUUGAUGCAUUCGUAGAAAAAGAAUUCGGAAGGAUGGGACCACAAAUGGAAAAUGGAGCUACAUCAGAUAAAGAAAGUGCUCUGGACUCAACUCUUCAGCGAAUGGAAUCAGAAAUUUCUAUUGAAUUAUCUCAGUUUGAUAAGUUCAUAGAGUCAGAAUUGGCAAACACUGAAGAAAUGGUCCAAGCCGCUCUUAGAAAAGUGGAAUCAGAAACAGAAUGCACAGACCACAAGAUCACACAAACAGUAACAAAAGAGUUGACGGAACAAGAAGCGAUAGUACAAUUGGCAUUGCUUAUCCUACAAUCGUUUGUGGAAUCAAAACUCGCAGAAACAGACAAUCUAGUUAAAUAUGAGCUAGAAAAGGUAAAUACAUUUAUGGAUACAGAGCUAGAGAAAACGGAUGCUCUAAUACGAUCUAAACUUUCGGAAAUGGAAUCUGUUGUAGAAUCAAAUCUUGCAAGAACGGAAUCACUCGUAGAAUCUGAAUCAGAAAAAGUUGAUAGAUUUAUCGAAGCAGAGCUGGCAAAAACCGAAGCAUUUGUAAACUCAGAAUUAUCUAAAAUUGAAAAGGAAUUAGAAAAAGUUGAAAAAGCAUUAGAAGUUGAUGAUUCUUGUACAAUGAGCAGUGAUGACACUCCAAUGCUUCCUUACAUUGACACCGGCUCCGCUCCACCUACAAUAGGUACUCGAAACCCGAGCAUAACCCUGAACGAAGCGCCUUACAACCACCAAUACCUUGGAAGAACAGCACCAGUCCUGUACCAUAGGAGGCAACUUCCGGUCGUCAACGUCAUCAGGGGCACAGCGAGAGCCACAGGCAACAUUAAGCUGUUUUCAAAAUUUCCAUGUCCACCGUUGCAAGCGACGGAAAUAGGUCCGGACGGAAAGAAAUACAUAUGGAUAAAGAAAACAUCUGGUGAUAAAGGUACGGCAUGUUUUCUUAAGUACCCCGGAGACCGAGAAAAGCCUUCGCAACCAAAACUCGAAAUCCCCCAAUCCUCGGAUCCAAAGGGAGCCAUAGAAACGAAUUGCGGGGACCCUGGCAGUGAAGAACCAGAAGAUUUAGGACCUCCCAUUCCUAUUCGUGGUGAAGUAGUUUUUGAGGGCACAGCACCUGCUUAUGGCUCAGUUAGUAUAACUGGGCAUAGUGUUGAACCCUAG